GGUUUCAUAUAAAAAGGUCUGGAAGCUCCAGUCGGCUUAGGAAGCAAAUGUACGUGUGAAAUAUCACUUGGGUGGCGCGUGCGAGAAGAGCUUGAGGUUGAAAGGGAGAAACUCUGAGCUUUGCUUUGUCAGUUGCAUUCCAGCUGUCAACACUGAGAAGUAAGAAGCACAAUGUGAGAACUUGUAGAUGCAAUAACAAAAAUAUGAUGAAAACACACAAGCCCAUGUAUAGUCACUGAUGAAUAUUACUGUUGAGCAACCACACGGAGAGCUGAGGAGUUCCUGUGAGGACCCUCGCAGAUGGUGAUGUUUUUUUUGAGAGGGGUGGUAAUGCAAACCAGCACAUCAGAUGACUGUGGCCACCCCUUGGUGUCUGUAUAGUCUACCUAGAUGAUACAAUGACAGACAGACAUACAGAGCUCACAACAGACACGCGCGCACACACAUACACACACACACACACACACACGCACGCGCACACACACACACACACACAAACACACAUUUAAAAACACUCAACUCAUUUCUCCUGCUUAAUGAGAAAAUGGGUGGUUCAGUUCUUCUGCUCCUGGGCUUAGUGUGUGUAAAUGUGCUGGCUGACAGCUCUGACAUUGAAGUGGAGAAGAAUGUGUGGGCAGUUCUGGGAGAGGAUGUGGUUCUGCGGUGCCAGUACAUAGGCCAGUCUGCCAUCCUAUAUUCCUCGUGGUCCAUGGAGCAAACAAAUGGAAAAUGGAAACAGCUUGUUGUGUACUUUAUGCAGCAGGUCACAAUCAAUGACAAUAGAUUUGGGAUCCCGAUUUCCUCGAGCAACCUCACUGUGACCAUGAAUGUCUCCAGCAAGGAGGAUGAACAGGAAUACAAAUGCAGCUUCUUCACAGGAUCAGAAACAACAGAAGGAAAAGUGACCCUCAGGAUCAUGGCUCCACCCUCAGUUCACACUCAGGUGCAGGAGGCUGUGGAGAACGGGCUGCACUACCAGACUGUCAUCUGCUCUGCCACUGGCGGAAGACCUAAAGCUGAGCUUUUCUGGCUGGUCCAUGGCCAGCAGGCCAGUGGGCAGGCAUUCUCUAUUAACACCACAUCACUCGAGGGCCCUAAUGGGACCUUCACUCAGACCAGUGUGCUCCAGUUUGCCACCCAUGUUAUGAAUGAGGGCUAUGUCACCUGUGCUGUCAAUCACAGAGCCCUAGCUACCCCUACUCAUGUGAGAGUGGAAGUGAAGCAUUUUGUUGCACCUAUUCUGACAAUGGAAACAAACUUGGUUCAAGAGAAAAUGGAGGAUUUUCAUGAGGUCACCUGCAGGGCUGAAGGAGGACGACCUGCCCCAAGCCUCACCUGGUCUCUGCCUGAAAACACAUUCAGGGAAUGGAACAUCUCGGACAAGAUGCAACAGGACAGACGUGCAUACAAUGACACGGAGACACUCAGCAGCACCCUCCGCUUCCCUGUGCAUUUGCAUGAGGGCUGGAAUGUCACCUGCAUCAUUAAUCACCCUAAAUUUCUAUAUGAGCAGAGGAGAACCUCUUCCCUGCCCACAUACCGAUUUUUCUCAAUGCAGGUGUUCAGCCCAGGGGGUUCAUCUGCGGGGCAGAUACUGUUGGAAGAGGGCAAUAGCAAUGUAAGCAUCCAGCUUGAGGUGGCAGGAAAUGUUCCACAUUACCAGGUUACCUGCACCAAGGAAGACGGCUCCCUCCCCAAAGAUAUGACUGUGACUGGUAGCUCAUUGUGGAUUGGUGGCCCCGUGGAACUGGCCCAUGCUGGACAAUAUGAGUGUCAGGCCUCAUACUACCAACACAAGGUGUCAGUGCAGCUGGAGAUACAGGUUAUUCCUGAAGAGCUGCCACAAGUGGUUGUUCCUCCCAUCAUUAUGACUCACACCUGGGUGAAUUCAGACCUCAGGGCCUUCCAGUGCUCAGCCACUGGCGCCAUUCCAGCAGCCAGUGUGUCCUGGCUUUUUCCUGAGGAUCUGUCUAGAACAAUCCUGUCCAACGACACAUUCCAGAACGAAACACACUGUGUCAGCAGAAUUCUGCUCCGACCCAUCUGCUUGUCUAGGGAGCUCCUGGUGGAGUGUGUGAUACAGCACCCUGCGCUGUCUAGUGCAGCGAUCCAACAGAUCACGCUUCCAGCAUGCUUUGGCCCUGACGUCAGCCUGCAUUCUACUACUGCGUGGGAGGAUGGCAUUCAGUACACUCUGGUGGAGUGCAGAGCAGAAAGCGCCAAACCUGCACCUGCCAUUGAGUGGACCAUCAAGAAUGACCAUGGGAGCAACAACACCAUCCAGCUUUCUGAGGUCACAACCACCAACUGGACUUCUGAAAAUGGGUCCAUCACUGUACACAGUGUAGCACGACUGCCCUCUCACUCGUUCUAUAGACGAAUUGUGACCUGUGUUGUGACCCACGAAGCUCUGGAGAAGGAGAUCAUGAAAGAAAUCUGUAUACCUGCAGUGGAGCCCCCAGUUCCAGUGGUCUCCAUUAGAAACCAGCAGGUCUCGUCCUGGUGGCUGGCUGUUUGUGAGAUCACUUGGCACAUGGAGUUUAAUCUCUCCUGGGUCCUUCCUGAGAAAAACACAGGCCGGACACAGCCAUGCUUGAGAACAGAUGGAGUUCGCUAUUGGGCUAACAGCACCUAUGAGUUUCCUUUGGACCUGCAUGAGGGACAGAAUCUCACUUGCCGCAUCCAAACUGAGCACAUUAGCAUUGACAAGACUGUGCACAUUCCUCGAUACAACAUCUCCCUUGCACUGGCGAAUGCCACCUUGGUUUUAAGGAGGAACCUAGUGCAAAGGGUAACUCUACAGGCACAUGUUCGAAACCAAAAGGUCCAGCUCAGAGUUCAUGGCAAGAUGCCAAGAUUCAACUUUACCUGCUUCAGGAGCGACGGUUCACCUGCCAUUACUGAGGGAGUGGCAUUGGUGUUCCCGUUCCUGGUGUCGGAGCAAGAUGCUGGGCUGUAUACCUGUCACGCAUCCUUCUACCACCACCACACCACCCUUCUCCUUCAGGUGGAAGUGGCUGACAAGGAUGAGGAGCUCUGGAACAUUGUGUUGAUCUGUUUUUCCAUGGCAGUGGCGAUCGUGCUGAUACUCAUCGUUUGUCUCUGCAUAUUCUGCAAAAAGCAUAGAAGGGAAUCUUCAGCAUCUGUGGUGUCCUCUAACAAACGAGAGUCACUGGCAGCCCUCACAUCCCUGAUGGCAGACCACCGCUCUCCAGAGCUGAAGAAGUCGGCAGUGCCAACUCCCCUGAUCCAGAAGGACCAGCAGUACCCAGAGCUGGUUCGUUACUCUAUUGUCAUCGACAUCAAAUCCACUGUGUGACUGCAUGUUGAGUGUGAGGCCUCAGAGCUCCUUGAGGACUUGAACUCCUUUUCUUGUACACUGCCAGAAGACAGGUGCAACAGCACUGCCCAAAGAGUAGCUUCAAUAUACAAUGUUAGAAGCAGUGAAGGGGACAAAUCAGCUGUUAAAACAGAGGUCAAAUCAGAGAGCUAUGGGUAAAUAUGUUAGAGAAGCAGUUGCUUUAUGGAAAAUAUCUUCACGCUGUGAUAUCUGUUUCUCUUCUGCUAAGGUUGGGUUAAGAGAUGCCUUAUAAGCAUGAUUAAAUACUACGCACCUGGGAGCAAUUGCAGCAGCUUGCACCAUUCAUGCAAUUGGUUAUUGGGCUUGCGGUCUGAUGUUUGUAUCUUUGAUAAUGAUAAUGAUUAAUUCCUAAAGGUCAAUGGGCUAAUAUCAGUGUUAACAUGUGGUAAUGUCAAUAAAACCAGUAUCUUCAACUCA